UACAUUGUCAAAUAAAUAAAAUAAUAUAUAUAUAAUGUUGUCAUUUAAGGAAAAAAAAAUAAUUUGCUUGGGUGCAUUUGGUGAAAAGACGAAAAGACCCAGAUGUUUGUCUUCCUUAUCUUUCUUCGAUAGAGCGAAGAGAGAGCCGUUGGACGAACCUGACCCUUCUUCACAGACCCGUAUCGAAUUCAGAGAUGGUCAGAUUCUCUGUAAGAAUUCUCUCGCCUUUGGCUGCUGGGUUUUGGAGAUGGAUAUUCUCAUGUCUCCUAGUGAACACGCUAAUUUAUGGAAUGCUGAAGUGAAGGCACCUUAUGGGAGAAAUUUGAAGUGCAAUUAUUUUAAAAAAGGAGACAUGUGGCUUUCAUGUGACAUCCAUUGGAGGCCCAGAACUGAAGUUUCUCACUCAGCACCUCUUCUUGCAAAGCAAAGUAGAAAAAUUGUGAUGAGGGAUCCGCGGAUAAGAUUUCAUACUAAAAAGCUUCCAGCUCAUAUCCUGGGGUCCUGGAUUGAGGCAACAUGCCUUCCCCUAAGGCCUUUCAUUUUAGCUCCGGCUAGAGAUGAAUACAAGAUUGUCAAAUGUUUUAAAAGUGAUUCUUUGUUGUCAAAGCAAUUCUUAAGUGAUCUUGCGGUCAACUCUGAGUUUUACUCUAAUGAUACAGCCACUGAAAUUAGUAAGGACUCACAUUCUGAUAUCUUAAAUGAGAGAGACCAGCCUAUUGAGGAGCCCUGGCUACUCCAAUCGUCUCUCCACUCUUUCUAUGUUGCACGCUCAAAUGCUUCCGGUGGUUCGACUGACGAAGACGAAGUUUUAAGAUGCCUUAGUGGAGAUCUUAAGUCAAUCUCUUUUGAUCAAUCUGCAUUGAAGGCUCAAUCCUUCUCGAAAUGUGAGGAUACAGUUAGUGCUGUUAACAUGGUAUCUGAUCCACAUACUUUAUCUGAAAAAGAUCAGCUUGUCGAAGAGCCCUGGUUACUCCAGUCAUCUCUACUUCUUCCCGAGUCUAUUGCAAAUUCUGAUGCGUCCAAGAGUGAAGAGUCUCUUAAAGAUGAGGCAGCUCACACAGAGUUUCAUGAUCAGCAUCACCAAGCUACAGAAAUUCUGUUGCCUGAAGAAGAUGGUAAUAGAAUUUGCCAGGAUAACUCUAUUUCAACAGUUAUAUUGAUUAACUCUUCUAUAUGUACCAUGCAAAGAAUUGCCGUACUGGAAGAUGGCAAACUAGUUGAGCUAUUAUUGGAACCCGUUAAAAAUAAUGUGCAGUCCGAUAGUGUUUAUCUCGGAGUAGUCACAAAACUUGUUCCCCAUAUGGGCGGUGCAUUUGUGAAUAUUGGGAGUCCUAGACCCUCUCUUAUGGACAUAAAACACAAUAGGGAACCAUUUAUUUUCCCUCCAUUUCGUCGUACUAAGAAAGAAAAAGAAGUAAAUGGCUCUGUGUUUGGUAUGCUUAGGGAGCAUUCAAAAGCUUAUGAAAGUGAACACAGUUCACAUGAUGGUGGAGUUACUGAUGAGAUUAGGGAGCAUGAAAUUGAGGAUGAUUCAUAUAUGCAUGAUGACUUUCAGGAGGAUGAUAUUGAGGAUGACUUUGAUGUUCCUGAAGUUCUUAAGGAAAAUGUUAAUGGCAGUGUAAUUGGUUCUAGUAUGGUGGAAACUGAUUUCGGGUGCUACUUUAAUCAGUUAGAUCCAAAUGCAAAUGCUGGCAAAGUCAUUCCUGUUGACAUGGGGUUUUCUCAUGAUACAAAACCUUCUGAUCUUCAAGACAUGAAAUAUUGUAACGAUAAAUCCAUAGUUGAAAAUAAGUGGGCCCAAGUUCGUAAAGGCACCAAAAUAGUUGUACAAGUUGUUAAAGAGGGUUUGGGUACGAAGGGCCCCACAUUGACUGCCUAUCCAAAGUUAAGGAGCAGAUUCUGGCUUUUGAUUACUCGUCGCAAUAGCAUUGGGAUUUCAAAGAAAAUUUCUGGUGUUGAGCGUACACGUUUGAGAGUCAUAGCAAAAACUUUGCAGCCUCCGGGGUUUGGUCUGACUGUAAGGACCGUUGCUGCUGGCCAUUCCUUGGACGAAUUGCAGAAGGACUUGGAAAGCUUGCUUUCAACUUGGAAAGAUAUAAUGGAACAUGCAAAAUCUGCCGCUCUUGCUGCAGACGAAAGUGUGGAGGGGGCAAUUCCUGUUAUGUUGCAUAGGGCAAUGGGUCAAACACUCUCAGUUGUUCAGGACUGUUUUAAUGAGAAGGUCAAGAGCAUGGUAGUUGAUUCUCCAAGAACAUAUUAUGAGGUUACCAACUAUCUUCAAGAAAUAGCACCUGAUCUUUGUGACCGUGUUGAAUUGUAUAGUAAAAGAACUCCUAUUUUUGAUGAAUAUAAUAUUGAGGAGGAGAUAAACAAUAUUAUCAGUAAAAGGGUCCCACUAGCUAAUGGAGGUUAUUUAGUCAUUGAACAAACCGAAGCAUUAGUCUCCAUUGACGUGAAUGGCGGGCAGUGCAUGCUUGGUCAGGGGACUUCACAAGAGAAAGCUAUUCUCAACGUCAACCUUGCUGCUGCCAAACAAAUUGCUAGGGAAUUACGGUUGAGAGAUAUUGGUGGCAUUAUUGUGGUAGAUUUCAUUGAUAUGGUGGAUGAGUCAAAUAAGAGAUUGGUUUAUGAAGAAGUUAAAAAAGCUGUUGAGAGAGAUCGAUCAGUGGUGAAAGUUUCUGAAUUGUCCAAGCACGGGCUUAUGGAAAUCACCAGAAAGAGGGUUCGACCUAGUGUGACGUUUAUGAUUAGUGAACCAUGCGCUUGCUGUCAUGCUACUGGGAGAGUGGAAGCCUUGGAGACAUCAUUUUCCAAAAUUGAGCAUGAAAUUUGCCGGUUAGUGGCGAUGAAGGACCAGAAGGCAGAUCCUGAAAACCCCAAGUCAUGGCCAAGAUUUAUACUGAGGGUUGAUCGGUAUAUGUGUAACUACUUAACAUCAGGGAAAAGGACAAGACUUGCAGUCUUAAGUAGUUCUCUUAAAGUGUGGAUUCUUCUGAAGGUUGCUAGAGGUUUUACACGGGGCGCAUUUGAAGUGAAACCUCUGACAGAUGAUAAGGAUUACAAUAAUCAGCACCAAGUUGGCAUUUCAAUGUUAAGGCCAACAACAGAGGUUGGAAAAUAUCCCAGUGGAAAAUUAACUCUCUUUCCUAUAAAGAAGUGGAAGACUGGUGGGAAGUGAGCAUGCCUGGUUCAGCUAACCUCAUUCUUUAUGUACAGCUCGGUCUGGUUUUAUAUGCCUUUUUUCUUUCUUUCUUUCUUUUGUCGCAUUUCUUUGGCUAGAUAAAUUUGGUAUAAAAUAGACGUUUAUAUAGUGAGAAUGACCUCAUGAUAGACUUCACGUUGAGCAACUUUCAUAUAAGAAAUAGCUCCAUUUAUAGUUUUAAGAACAUAUAUUUAUUCAGUUUCUGAA